AUGAAGGAGGCUACUGAAUUAAUUGUUGUGUCUGUUUAUGUUGAUGACUUUCUUAUAACAGGGACCAAUAAAGAGCUUCUAAAGGAAUUUAAAGUAGAGUUGCUUAAUGUGUUUGAGAUGCUAGAUUUGGGCUUGAUGUCUUACUUUCUGGGAAUGGAAGUAAAGCAAAGGCAGCAUGAAGUCUUUAUUUGCCAACAAAAGUAUGCAAAGGAGAUCCUAAAAAAGUUUCACAUGGAAGAUUGCAAAGCUAUAUCAACUCCUAUGAAUCAGAAAGAGAAAUUUAGCAAGGAUGACGGAGUUGAUAAGGUUGAUGAAGGUUUGCAUAGGAGUUUGAUUGGUUGCUUAAUGUAUCUUACUGCAACCCGACCUGAUAUAAUGCAUGCUGUGAGUUUGCUUUCGAGGUUUAUGCAUUGUGCAAGUGAGGUGCAUUUUCAAGCUUCAAAAAGGAUUCUGAGUUUUGGAUCAGGCAUGUUCUCCUGGUGUUCAAAGAAACAAGAGAUUAUUGCACAAAGCACUGCUGAAGUUGAAUAUGCGGCUGUUACAACAGCCGUAAACCAAGCUCUGUGGUUUAGGAAAUUGUUAACAGAUCUGCAUAUGGAAUAG